AUGCUUAGAUAUCUGAGAAAUUGCACAGUACAUGCAGACUUCCAACUCUUGGCAUUUUUUGGUUUUACAAAUAUUCAAUAUCUGCUCUUCUCUGGGAUUUUAGUGAUGUUCAUCUUUGCUGUCCUUGGAAACACGCUUAUUACAACAAUUGUGUGUCUGGUUAGUCAGCUUCACACCCCCAUGUAUUUUCUGCUUUGUAAUCUUUCUGUUCAGGACAUUGUUUAUGUCUGUGCUAUUUUACCAAAAGUUUUGGCUAUUACAUUAACAGGAGACAACAGAAUAUCUUACCCGGACUGUAUCACCCAAAUGUUCUUCUUUACUUUCUGUGUUGGAACAGAAUUUUUCCUGCUGACCACUAUGGCUUAUGACCGCUACGUGGCCAUCUGUGUUCCUCUGCGCUACUCCCUCAUAAUGAACAGAGUGGUGUGCGUUCUUUUGGUUACUAUUUGUUGGUUUGUUGGCAUUUUGAAUUCCUUAACUCAUGCUUUGCUUAUUUCUAAGUUAUCAUUCUGCUUUUCCCAAGAGCUGGACCAUUUCUACUGUGAUCUGAAAACUCUAAUAAAGCUCUCUAGCAGCGACACCACACAUAUUCAGAUCUUACUUUCUGUGGAAUGUGUAUUUUUGGGCUUUCUUCCUUUUAUGCUUAUAUUGGCUUCCUACGCAUGUAUCAUAUCAGCCAUAUUAAAGAUUCGUACGUCAACAGGAAGAAUUAGGGUCUUCUCCAGUUGCUCUUCGCACCUCACUGUUGUGUUUCUCUUUUAUGUUACAUCUCUGAGUUUUUAUGUGAAACCAGAGACAGGAAAAUCUCAAGAAGACAAGCUAGUUUCCUUGCUCUACACUGCUGUGGUCCCCAUGCUAAACCCUUUAGUUUACAGUCUAAGGAAUCAUGAUGUUUUGAGAGCCAUUAAGAACUUUGUGGGAAGAGACGAUUUAAUGUCAAUUUCAUGA